GGACCAAAACUGGAUAUACUGAAUGCGAGUGCUGUUGGAAGUAAAAUCCCUCUCGGCCUGUUGGCGUCAAGUGUACAUGAUUUUGUUGACAGAGUAUUGGAAGUCUUACGAAUGAGUGUCGAAGAACGUGAUGCGAUGCGUGACGUGGCACGUCGUUCGGUUGAUCGUUUUACGGAAACGAACUUCGAAAAAAGAUGGAAUUAUCUGGUUGGAAAACUGUUGCCAGCAUAA